AUGAUUACAGCCAUUGCGAAUGGAGGCUUCCCUGCUGUCCAAUAUCAUCAAUUAAGCUGGGUCUCAACAGCCACUACUUGGCCCACGGGUUCGGUAACCGGUGACUAUUCUGACUAUCCACAAGUUCAACCUCAAGAAAUACCACUUCUAGGAGGAGCGAAGCCAGUCAUACUAGACUCGCAGGUGCUUAGGCUAUCAUCAUCAUGGGAUCAAUCCAGUAAUCCCGAUAGCUGGAAAUAUUAUAUUCCAAAGCCGCAGCCCCAAAACAAUGAUCCUGCGGUCCACUCAAAUAAGAACACUCAUGAGGUUCCAACAGUGCAAUCUGCCAACGAGGGGGAACAAUUGCACAGCACAGAAAUAUUCUUACAGGGAUGGCCUGGCCAAGCCCUCGACACAGUUUGUGGCUGGGGCUCCAGCGAGCAGCAUACCCGGCUAGUUCGGAAGGAAUUUGCUGAAAUACUGAAUGCAUAUCGUGUGAGAACGCUCAACGAUGCUGGCUGCGGUGAUUUAGCGUGGAUGAGUAUGAUAGAUCUCAAGGGGAUCGAUUAUGUUGGCUACGAUAUAUACGAGCGGGCAAAUUGGGCCGAAUUACGACAACGCGGCUAUCGACUGGACGUUCUUGACAUCACAAAAAACGAACCGCGCCCGGCUGAUCUACUUAUUUGUCGUGAUGUUUUUAUUCAUUUGCCGAACGAUAUGAUUCUCCCUACGCUAGAGCGAUUCCGCCGCACAACAUCCCUGCUUCUCACCACAAGCUACACCAGCGACCCAAGUUCGAGUGAAGGACAAUUUUCCAACUUCAGGCGAAUGAAUGAGCCAAGUCUACAUCACAGAAAACUCGACCUGACUCUACCUCCGUUCAAUCUCGGCCAACCGCUUGUUCGCAUCCCCGAAGACUCGCCCAACAAAUACCUUGGCCUCUGGGAUAUGACCCACCCGCCGACUGGCGCGUAA